AUGUCGCCAAGCAAUCUACGUUUUGCCACGCCGAUACUAAUGGAAGUGCCUCAUUUUGCCGCGGUACAGGGUCGCGACCGCGAGAUUCUCAUUCUUCGUUGCGACGGCGGUGAGGUUUGGAAGGCUCAUCAGCUUGAGGCCACAGACCAGGCUGUUCAGGAUUCACUGGGUUUCGCUUUCGGUAAGUUGCUAUAGUCAGUAAAACAACCGACUUGCCUCCACUUACAAGUCCCACCCCCUUAGGAAAGCCUUCCAAGAGCCUUGCCAAAAGAUGUCAUCUGUGCUGUUUGUCCUCACCACCUAAGGCAUUACCUUGUGCCCAUUAUGUUGUUAAAUACGGUUUUUACGACGUCCAGUAGAUGUAUGUAGAUAAGGUGGCAUUAACAAAGACAAGAGGACCGGAGCGGCCAUUUCUAACUUAAUAACUGUUGUCAGUCGGGCAUAAUCAGUCCCGGGUGCACAACAUCUGAGAUUCGAACGCAGAAUCCCCGGUCAUUGGGUUGAAAGCCCUAUCAUUUGAGCCACAGGCUCGUUGUCCGGUGGGUUGUGAUCGGGAAUAUUAAUGAUGACAGAGUGGCUGACCGAUGAUGGCUAAUAAGUCAGAAAUGGCCGCCCCGGUCUCCCUUGCCUUUGUCAGCAUAUCUUCCUCUGCAUAUGCCACUAGACGCCAUGCAAGUGUUUGCGAGGGCUCUUGCCUGAGGUCCAAAGCACAGCGCAACGAGCAUGUCCUAUAACCCGAGCGGUAAACGCACACGAAAAGGCGCACACGGAACCACUGAACUCUGGUAACGAACUAACUCGCAAUGGCUAACAUAGGUCAUGAACAGGUAACAAUCCGGGAGACUGGACUCGGCCAAAUAGGAGCGCAUUUCGCUGAAUACAGUUUUGGGGGGUUACAACAACCUACAUCGGAAUUCUGUUCUAAAAAGGGCUGGGACACAUGCUUACGAGAGGAUCAGAACCUCCUUGACAUUCCACAUAUUGUGAUUAGCACACCAACUGUUAGUAGCAUGUCUUCCAUAAGUUGGGGGAUCCUGUCUUUGGCAUCGAUGCAACUGACAAAAACCAAGGAGUACUUCGAAGUCCCCAUCCUUACGAUCCAGGUGGUCCUAGAAAUUUUAGAUUUGAUUGGACUCCUGGGAUCGGCUGGACCAAAUUAAUCCAAUCAGGCGGGUAUUGCUAUCUUGAAGAAUGUAAGGCAGU